AUGGCUUCCGCAUACGCCUCAAAGUCCCAAAGGUUGAAAGACAAUAAUUACGGUGCACGAUACAUUUUCUGUGUUUAUAUGGAUGAAAAUACAUCAAAGAACAUGGUCAGCGAGGUCAAGGAAGGGAAGAGAAGACAUCCGUAUUUUACACUCGUUUAUAGUCUGUGGGGUGAACCAAUUCCAGAAGACGAGCAGGAUCCGGAUGAUCCGCAAGACUUUCGGGGGCAAGAUGAUGAGGGAUAG